CGAGAAGAUGGAGGAGCUGGUGGUGGAAGUGCGGGGCUCCAAUGGCGCUUUCUACAAGGCAUUUGUAAAGGAUGUUCAUGAAGAUUCAAUAACAGUAGCAUUUGAAAAUAAGAGACCCCCACCAGCCCAGUGUAUGCUGAUAAUGUGAUACUGAUCAGCAUCCAGCUGCCAUGGCAAGAAUUGACCACCUCGUCGGAUCUAAAAUUUAACAGGGGAAAACUGGCAGCCAGAAAGGCAGAUUCCAUUCCAUGAUGUGAGAUUCCCACCACCUGUAGGUUACAAUAAAGAUAUCAAUGAAAGUGAUGAAGUUGAGUACUUAGCAUAAUGACUUGUUAUAGUUGAAACCAUGUAUAUUUGUAGUAUGAAGAAAGCACCUAAAUAGACAUUUGUAUAGAGGUAAGGCAAAAUGGUACUAGGUCCUUAAAUUCUUAUUUUCUGUUCUGGGUAACAAAAAUGCGACAAAACAGGACAGAGUCUCUUCCCUCUUUUGAAGUCACAUUCUAGUGAGGCUAGCUAAUUUCAUGGCAAGUGAAAGUUAUAUGAAGAAAAAAAAAUGAAACGUAAUAUAGGAACAGGAGUUUUGCUUUAGAGAAUAGUCAGGGAAGGUCUGUGAAUGUCUAUGUCUGUGUCUUCUCUCCAUACUUAUAAAAGGAGAAAUAGUAAAUUAUUAUUGAUUUUCCAAAUUUGUAAUAAGUGCAAGCAGCUGGGCUUGUUUUCCAAAAGAUAGUAAUAGGGAACAGAAAUGUUGCCUAUACAUCAAGACCAUUAGCUGUCUUAAUUCCCCAGGAGGCUACAGCUCUGUGAUGAUAAGGUCCAGUUCUUUUGGUAUAUCUGUAUCACUGCUAGUCCUAAUAGUGUUUGAUGGAGGGAUAAAGGGGACCUUUUUGUUUUUCACCUUAGUCACAAAGGCCUAAUGAGAUGCCAUUGCUAGGAUAACCUGACUGUGAUAUAUAACAAUUAGAUGAGGUUAUUUCUUUGGUGAGAGGAAAGUUGAAGGGCUGGAGGUAUGGUUCAAGCAGUAAAGCACCCGCCAAGCAAGCAUGAAGCCCUGAAUUCAAACUCCAGUACUACCAAAAGAAAAACAAUAGAGCAGAGUUGAGAGGGAUGGAGGCAAGAGGAAAAGGUUUAUUCCAGAGCAAAUGAAAAAGAGCCUUGUUGUUGGUGGUUAGCUAAAGUGAGGAUGAUAAAGGGUGAGUUUUAUGUAAUAGAAUAUGCAGCAUGUGAUGCUACAUACAAUGAAAUUGUCACAAUUGAGCGACUGCGAUCAGUUAAUCCCAACAAACCUGCAACAAAAGAUACUUUCCAUAAGAUCAAAUUGGAGGUGCCAGAAGACUUAAGACAAAUGUGUGCCAAAGAAUCGGCACAUAAGGACUUUAAAAAGGCAGUUGGUGCCUUUUCUGUGACUUAUGAUGCAGAAAAUUAUCAGCUUGUCAUUUUGUCCAUCAAUGAAGUCACUUCAAAGCGAGCACAUAUGUUGAUUGACAUGCACUUUCGGAGUCUGCGAACUAAGUUGUCUCUGAUGCUGAGAAAUGAAGAAGCCAGUAAGCAAUUGGAGAGUUCAAGGCAGCUUGCCUCGAGGUUUCAUGAACAGUUUAUCGUACGAGAAGAUCUGAUGGGUCUAGCUAUUGGUACUCAUGGUGCUAAUAUUCAGCAAGCUAGAAAAGUACCUGGGGUCACUGCUAUUGAUCUAGAUGAAGAUACCUGCACAUUUCAUAUUUAUGGAGAGGAUCAGGAUGCAGUGAAGAAGGCUAGAAGCUUUCUUGAGUUUGCUGAAGAUGUCAUACAAGUUCCAAGGAACUUAGUAGGUAAAGUAAUAGGAAAAAAUGGAAAACUGAUUCAGGAGAUUGUAGACAAGUCAGGAGUUGUGAGGGUGAGGAUCGAGGCCGAAAAUGAGAAAAAUGUCCCACAAGAAGAGGAAAUUAUGCCACCAAAUUCCCUACCUGCCAGUAAUUCAAGAGUUGGAUCUAAUUCCUCUGAAGAAAAAAAGCAUUUAGAUAUAAAGGAAAACAGUGCCCAUUUUUCUCAACCUAACAGUACAAAAGUCCAGAGGGUGUUAGUGGUUUCAUCAAUUGUAGCAGGGGAAUCCCAGAAACCUGAACUCAAGGCUUGGCAGGGUAUGGUACCAUUUGUUUUUGUGGGAACAAAAGACAGCAUUGCUAAUGCCACUGUUCUUUUGGAUUAUCACCUGAACUACUUAAAGGAAGUAGACCAGUUGCGUUUGGAGAGAUUACAAAUUGAUGAGCAGUUGCGACAGAUUGGAGCUAGUUCUAGACCACCACCAAAUCGUACAGAUAAGGAAAAAGGCUAUGUGACUGAUGAUGGUCAAGGAAUGGGUCGAGGUAGUAGACCUUACAGAAAUAGGGGGCACGGCAGACGCGGUCCUGGAUAUACUUCAGGAACUAAUUCUGAAGCAUCAAAUGCUUCUGAAACAGAAUCUGACCACAGAGAUGAACUCAGUGAUUGGUCAUUAGCUCCAACAGAGGAAGAGAGAGAGAGCUUCCUGCGCAGAGGAGACGGACGGCGGCGUGGAGGGGGAGGAAGAGGACAGGGAGGAAGAGGACGAGGAGGAGGCUUCAAAGGAAACGACGAUCACUCCCGAACCGAUAAUCGUCCACGUAAUCCAAGAGAGACUAAAGGAAGAACAACUGAUGGGUCACUUCAGAUCAGAGUUGACUGCAAUAAUGAAAGGAGUGUCCACACUAAAACAUUACAGAAUGCCUCCAGUGAAGGUAAUCGGCUGCGUACGGGUAAAGAUCGAAACCAGAAGAAAGAAAAGCCAGACAGCAUGGAUGGUCAACAACCACUCGUGAACGGAGUACCCUAAACUGCAUAAUUCCGAAGUUGUAUUUCCUAUACCAUUUCUGUAAUUCUUAUUCCAUAUUAGAAAACUUUGUUAGGCCAAAGACAAAUAGUAGGCAAGAUGGCACAGGGCAUGAAAUGAACACAAAUUCUGCUAAGAAUUUUUUUUUGUUGUUAUUGGCCAUAAGCAACAAAUUUUCAGACUUAAACAAAACGAUCUUGAAAUUUGAAACAUUGUUUUUAAGUAUUCUUAGCACUUCAGGGCAGGUUUUUGUUUUAUUUUAUAAAGUACUGAGCAGUGAUACUCUUUAUUAAUUUGGACCAUUUUCCUGCAUUGAGUGAUAACUCACUAGUACAUUUCAGUUUCUUCUGAAUAAGUAUCAUUUAUGAUAAUCACAGCAGACUUCUGUUUUCAAUCUCAUAUAGGAGUCUUCAUGAAAUGGUGUGUCAUUUCAUGUCCUGUGUCAGUUUAUGUUUUGGUCCACUUCUCCAGUAUUUUAGUGGACCCUGAAAUGUGUGUAAUGUGACAUUUGUCAUUUUCAUUAGCAAAAAAAAAAAGUUGUAUGAUCUGUGCCUUUUUUAUAUCUUGGCAGGUAGGAAUAUUAUAUUUGGAUGCAGAGUUCAGGGACGAUAAGUCGGAAACACUAAAUGUUAAAGAUGUAGCAAACCCUGUUGAACAUUAGUACUUUAUAGAAUGCAUGCUUUUCAUAUUUUUUUCCUUACAUAAACAUCAGGUUAGGCAGUAUAAAGAAUAGGACUUGUUUUUUUGUUUUUCUUUUGUUGCACUGAAGUUUGACAAUGUUACUGAAAGGGAUGUGUAAUUUUUCUGUAUAGACAGAAGAAAUAACUAUCUUUUCAUUUGAGAGAGGCUAAAAUGUCUUCAGCUAGGAGUAAAUCUUCCCAGUUGAAUGUUAGUAGGAUAUGCCUGAUCUUUGGCCUGAUGACUAAUUUUAACUGAGAACCUUUUUUUAAAUUUUGUCCUCCCCAGAUUUUGUGAUGUUUUUCAUAUUUUAAGUUCAACCUUAUUUUAAGGAGAUAGGAAAGUUGUUUUCAUGUACAUGUAAUUACCCUGUGAAGUACAGGUACUUUCUCUAAGAAACAUUGGAAGCAGAUUAAAUGUUUUGUAAACUUUGAAAUAUAAAGUCUAAUGUAUAAGAAGAAUUGAAAAGCAUACUAGGAUUAGGUAACAAAUAAUACUGUUUUUCCUUUUUUGUUUUAAUGUGUUGGGUUUUGGUUUUGGUUCUGAGUCUUUCUUUUUUUAAUGAAUGAAAUUUACUGAGGAAAAAUAUGUGAAGGACCUUCACUCCUAAGAUGUUAUAUUUUUCUUAAAAAAAAAUAACUCCCAAGUAGGGGUACCACUGAAUCUGUACAGAGCCGUACAAACCGAAGUUCUGCCUCUGAUGUAUUUUGUGAGUUUGUUUCUUUGAAUUUUCCUUUUACAGUUACUUUUCCUUGCAUACAAAUAAGCAUAUAAAAUGGCAACAAACUGCACAUGAUUUCACAAAUAUUAAAGUCUUUUAAAAAGUAUUGCCAAACAUUAAUGUUGAUUUCUAGUUAUUUAUUCUGGGAAUGUAUAGUAUUUGAAAACAGAAAUUGGUACCUUGCACACAUCAUCUGUAAACUGUUUGGUUUAAAAUACUGUAGAUAAUUAACCAAGGUAGAAUGACCUUGUAAUGUAACUGCUCUUGGGCAAUAUUCUCUGUACAUAAUAGCGACAACAGAUUGGAUUUUAUGUUGACAUUUGUUUGGUUAUAGUGCAAUAUAUUUUGUAUGCAAGCAGUUUUAAUAAAAGUUGAUCUUCCUCUGCUAAAUUGAUGUUGAUGCAAUCCUUACAAUGAUUGCUUUUAAAAUUUUAAGAUAGGAGAAGGAAUCUAUAGAAAGUGUUCUGUUACAAAAUGUAACUGUUACCAUUGGAAAUUUCACAUGUCAUAGGAAGUUAGCCGUUAUCUACCAACUUUCAAGAACUUACUCUUGUUUAUUAAAGUGAAAAAAUCAACUAAAUGAACUAAAUGGUACCACAGUGUACUGUUACAAUAUGCACUAAGUCUCUUUUUUACAAAGGCUGCAUUCAGCAAGGCGCUAACUUGCUUAAAUGUGAAUUACUAACCUCUAAAACUGUAAUUUGAUUCACAUGUUUUCAAAUGGAGUUGGAGUUGAUUCAUAUUACAAUAUUUGUGUGCAAAAUGUGUAUGUUUUUCAGUUCAAAGUCAUGAUGUUUUUAAAAUCUUAUUAAAGUUUCAAAAAUCUGAAGAUUGUUUAUCUAGAUGUAAAUUUUUAUUAAAA